AUGACCACACGACAGGUGCCCAAAUAUAAAUGGGAGGAGAUUCGAAAACACAAUAAGGAUACGGAUUGUUGGGUGGUACUGUAUGAUCGGGUGCUGGAUGUGACGAAGUUCUUAAAUGAACAUCCCGGUGGACUGGAUCCCAUUAACGAUCUCGGCGGAUAUGAUAUCACGAAUUCCUUCGAAAGCAUUGGACACUCCUCUUCUGCGUUAGCCCGUUCGAAAGAGUUUAUCAUUGGAGAUCUUGAUAAGGAAUCCCCACCUCCAGUGGUGCAGCGAAAGGCAUUAAAGGAUGAUGUUCCUCUAACAAAGUACAAGGCGGGAGGAGACAUGAUUCCCAUUCAAUACAUUGUGGGAAUUCUUGUGGGGAUACUACUUCUACUGUAUUACAUGUUCAGCGGCUAG